AUUGGUUCUAGGGUUCUUCACUUGAUCCUAAUAGGAAUACACCCCCUAAUUAUUUACAGAUUUAGGAAAUAUAUAUAUACGAAUUGGUUCUAGGGUACUUCACUUGUGCCCGAUUGUUCUUUCUUCUCAAAGCCCAAACGCGAUUCUCCGGUAAGAUUUCAGCUUUUUUUNAGUUUUUUUGGGUUUCAGUUUUUGGUAUUACUUUGAACUCUAAGAAGAAGAAGAAGAAGAAGAAAAGAAAGAAGAAGAAGAAGAAUGGAAGAAUCAAUGGCGUCCGGUGACCAAAUCCCCUCCCAACCCUUUAAUUCAAUACCGGAGAACCAUCACAACAAGAAGAAAAAGAAGAGAUCUUCGGAGCUUACAAUCGAAGGCUAUCAAAUCGAAGGCCUGUCAAUCGCCGGGCACGAGACUUGCGUGAUUGUCCCAUCUCUCAAUCUCGCCUUCGACAUCGGCAAGUGCCCUCAACGCGCUGUCUCCCAGCAGUUCCUCUUCAUCUCCCACGGCCACAUGGACCACAUCGGAGGAUUGCCCAUGUAUGUUGCUACACGGGGCUUGUACAGUAUGGCGCCUCCAACGAUUUUUGUGCCGAAAGCAGUGAAGGGAAGCGUGGAGAAGAUUUUUGAAGCGCACAGAGCUAUGGAUCAAUCUGAGCUUAAGCAUACUCUCGUGGGUUUGGAUGUGGGUGAAGAGUUUGAUUUGAAGAAAGACCUUCGAGUGAGGCCAUUCAAGACGUAUCACGUUGUUCCAAGCCAGGGAUAUAUAAUUUAUUCAGUGAGACAAAAACUGAAGCAGGAGUAUUUCGGGCUACCUGGAGCUGAGUUAAAAAGCCUGAGAAUAUCGGGUGUGGAGAUUACAGAUACAUACACAUCCCCUGAAAUUGCAUUUACGGGAGACACUAUGUCAGACUUCAUUAUUGAUCCGGAUAAUGUUGAUGCUUUGAUGGCUAAGAUUCUCAUCAUGGAGAGUACCUAUGUUGAGAGUUCAAGCAAAGUGGAGGAUGCAAGGGAGUACGGACACACUCAUUUGUCCGAGAUUAUGGGUUAUGCUGAUAAGUUCAAGAACAAAGCAAUUCUCCUAAUCCACUUUUCAGCCCGUUAUCAAUUAGACGGACUGGAUAAUUACUUUGCGGCCUUGUGA